AAAUAAAUUUCAAGAAAUUAAAAAAAAUAAUUUUAAAAAAUCAAAUAAAACCAGACAUGGCAAGCAUGGGAUUUACUAGACUUUUUGUUGGUGGAGCAUUCAGGCCUUACAAGCAAAUUGCAAAUCGGCAACUGGCAACAGCAUUUAAAGAUGAGGCUCGUAGCACAGUUCAUAAAGGUGCAGAUGCAAUGAAACAGGGUGCUGAUGUUGCCAAAAGAGCCAGCCAAGAAGUGAAAAAUGAAACUGCCUCUGUUGCUGAUCAGGCGAUAAGCAAGACGAAAGUAGUAGGAGAAAAGGUUGCAGACACAGCACAAGACGUUGCUGGAAAAGCCAAAAACACAGCACAACAAACAUGGGAAUCAGUUAAAGAAACUACCCAAAAAAUGAAAGAUACUGUGAAGGGCAAAGCUGAAGAAUCAACAGAGGCUAUAAAAAAUAAUGUCAAUCAGGGAAUGAACACCAAAAACUGAAUUUCAAAUCCCACUAUUUCAAAAACAGAGAUAUUAUCUCUUUAAUUUGAAAGACUAAGACUUUUUUUUUUUUUUAGUUUUGCUGAAACCGCAGACACAAGUUCGCGAGUUUGAUGUAGUGUUACCCUAGUAUGAGAUUUGAACUUAAAAUCUCAAAGUAAAUUUUGAAUUUUUUAAAUCAUUAAAACAAUUUUUACUCAUGUAUUUAAAAAUUCAAAAUCUA